UUGUAUCAGAAAGUGCCUUUGACAGCCACAGCCAAUUUGAAAAUUUGUAAGAAAUGCCAAUCCUGUCAUCGCGUGUCUUGACGUACCAAUCAGAAGGCGUUGCGUUACGUCAAAAUAAGAAAGCAAGACAGAAUCUAAUUGGUAUUGAUUGACAUCCCCUAGAGUUACUUAUCUAGUGGUGUGGGCCAUAAACAUCAGUCUGCUCAUUUCCUCGUAGCAUUUAGUUCAUUUAGGUGACUUUCAAAAGUCAAAUCUAACCGCAAGGUUAAAGAAACUUAAAUACAAACGGUAAGGGGAAGCUAGUGGCAGCCAUGUUGCAUCAAGCGAACCCCACUGCUCCAUAUACCGUGAGAAAUCUUCUGGGUUCAAGCGAAUAUUAUACGGCGAGUUACAAAGAAGCAGGUCAAAACGAGUGCAUUUCACAAAUGACUUCGCUUCAUAGCUUGCCCAAUAAGAGCGGAUCCACAAACACAGGACCAUUUUCACACGAUAGUCCGACUCCAAACUAUCUCUACGGAGAAACCACAAGGCCGAUGUACAUGAAGAGCGACGUGAAUCAACCGAACUCUAUCACUACGACGAGUCAGAUUCAUGAAGGCCCUCCACAAGUGUCAAUGGAUUCAGAGUUAAACACAAAACCAUCAAGCCAGGAGAUAAGCCAGGACCUUCAAGUUUCCCAACCACCGUCUAACAAUGUAGACAUCCAACAACUUUCAGGCACGAAUUCCAUGUCGAGUGAAGUAGGCAGCAAACCGAAACGAAUCCGAAGAAAACCACGAGUACUUUUCUCCCAAGCACAAGUAUACGAGUUAGAGAGGCGCUUCAAACAACAAAAAUACCUUUCAGCUCCAGAGAGAGAGCAUCUCGCUAGUAUGCUUAAGUUAACACCGAAUCAAGUCAAGAUAUGGUUUCAGAAUAAGCGCUAUAAAUGCAAGAAACAGGCCCUAGAAAACAAAGCCCGCGCUGCAGGCAUGGAGUCAUGGUAUGGUUUACCUCCUGAGCCCAGAAGAGUAGCUGUUCCAGUAUUAGUAAGGGACGGAGAACCGUGUGUCAGAGACCAAGUUCCCGCGUACGGAUAUAAUAUGAACAUGAACAUGAACAUGAACUUCCCGCCUCACUACAUGAAUAUGUAUCCACCACAAAAUAAUCCUCUCACGAAUAGAACAUGGUGACGCUAAGACAAUGGACUUCAGCUGGCUGAGCACGGCAUAGCUAAAGCCUUAAACCAAAGCUCAAAAUAAUAUCCAACACACUAUGUAUUUAAUUUUUUGCUAUUCCAAGUGUAAAAUAGUCAAAACAAGUUACGAAACAAUACCGAGAACUGACUUACGAGACAUAUAGUUUGAUAUACCAUAAGAUAAAAUAUGCCUGUAUUGUAUAUAAAUUGAUGUGAACUCAACGAAAAAAUUAAGAACUAUUAAUAUCAAUUUAAUGUGGAUUUUUUCUUGACGUACAAUUGCUGUAUUUAUGCGCUCUGAACCAUCGUGUAUAGAGAUUAAUCAGACAUGAAAGAUGUAGUAGCCUAGGUUAACAUUAUAUGUUUACUCUCUCAACAAGUCAGAUUAAGCACCGUGUGCUUCAAAGAUUAUGUCUAUUCUCAAAAGUUGCUUUCGAUAAGGAUUUGAUGUUUCACCGAAACAAUCACCCAUUCUUCUCUUCGCAAAUAUGACUUUUGUCGAAAAAUAUAAUAAAAAUAUUUAAGAAAAAGAA